AUGAUGAUGAUGAUGGUAGUAGUAGUGGUAGUAGCGAUGAUGGCUGUUGUCUGUGGUAAUUUCAGUGAUACUGGUGAUUUGAUGGCGAUAAUGGCGACGAUAAUAAUGUUGCCACCGCCCAAGAUGACAAUAAUGAUGAUGAUGAUUAUAACGAUGAUAGUGAAAUUAGCGGUGAUGGUAGUGCUAAAGCUGGUGCUGGUUGGUGUUGGUGAUGGAACUGGUGUUGGCGAUGCUGAAGGAGGAAGAAGUUUUUUGCCCCUGUUUAUCUACUGCAAAUAA